AACAACUUCAACCUCCGAUAGCUUUGAACCAAAAGCUUCCCCCACGUCUUUGAGCAAGCACCAACUCCUUCGCCUCUGAGCCUUCCCACUCCGUCUCCUACCAGUCAGAUACCGCCCUCCACAUCUGCCAUUCCCUUUUUCUCAGGUCCAGCGCCAAUAACAAAGGCUCUCUCUUCCGACACGAAGCACCCGGACAUGUUUGCACCUGGAUACGGCGGUAUGGAUCCGGCCAACCCGCAAGACUUCCUCAACAUGGCGCGGUCGAUGCGCCGGCCUGUCACUCAACGAUUCGACGAGUACUAUCGCUGCUACCCCAUGGUGAUGCAUCCCGGCCCCGAGCGUACCGAGCUGAACUAUGGCUCCAAAAUCCUGCUGCCGCCGUCAGCACUCGACAAGGUGUCCAAGCUCCACGUGCAGUGGCCGUUGCUCAUGGAACUCACCAACGGGGAGAAGGAGAGGCACUCUCAUGCCGGUGUGCUGGAGUUCGUCGCCGAGGAGGGUAGGGCGUACCUCCCGCAGUGGAUGAUGCAAACGCUGCUACUGGACGUCGGCGACAUGAUUCAGAUCAAAACAACGUCCCUAGAGCUCGCCAGGCUGGUCAAGCUCCAGCCGCAGUCCGUCAACUUCCUCGACAUCAGCGAUCCCAAGGCUGUGCUCGAGCGUGCCUUCCGGAACUUCGCUGCCGUCACCAAGGGCGAUGUCUUCAACUUCGAGUACAACGAUACGGUCUACGACGUGGCAGUCCUGGAUGUGAAACCCGAGACGGAGAAGAUGGGAGUCUGUAUGAUCGAAACGGACGUCUCGGUCGAGUUUGCCCCUCCAGUGGGAUAUGUGGAGCCAACAAAGCCCUCAGGGAGCGGCACCAGCACGCCGAGGAGCACCCGUGGCCUGCCGGCUGGAGGAUUGCUGCAUAAUCAGGGCACCAUGGCUCAGGCCAUCAAUUACGACGCUAUCGCACCCUCUUCCGUCGCGGCGCAGGUGACCAAUUUCCACGGCGAGGGCAACCGUAUUGGUGCUAAGAAGGGUGGAAAGGCCCCCACACCAAAGCCAGCCACACCUGUCCAGGGCAUUCCAACAGACAAGGAGUCUGGCACACCCCGAAGACGCACAAAUGGGCCACUGCCGCUUCGCUUGCCCCCGAAUAAGUUGUUUCUUGGAUAUGAGGUCACGCCGUACAAGUCCAAGGAGCAGAAGGAGAGAGAGAACGAGGGUGCACAGAAGCCUCACUUCGCAGGCCAGGGGCAGACGCUGAGAGGAGGCGUCAAGAAGAAGGUUGAGGCGGAGGACAAGCCACCUGUCGUGAAAAAACCCGAGGUCGGUCGUCGACUAGAUGGCAAGGGUGUCUCUUAGAUGUGUUCUUUGCUCUUGUGUUUCUGGGGCUUGUGGACAGCCAGGCGUUCCGGUUGCAGGGUACGGGACGGGAAUUACGGGUCCCAACAUUAUGGCAGACAGGACAGGACAAGUUCGUGAAUGCUGUGGCUUUUUUGUACUCUCUCGCAGCUGCACUAUUGAGACGAUGGCCUCAUGUGAAAUGACGACAAAAGCAAUCGCCCAAGGGGAUACCUCCUAGUGAACAAUUUCCUGGAGGGAAAUUUCUUGUAAAUCAAACUUAACUAAGUUGACCUCUAGAAAACACCAAAAAGGCAACCACGAGGACCAUCUUUUCAAAUCGCUCUCCCACCUUACAUUGAAAAUUCUUAUGCUAUAACCUCA